ACUAAACUAAACUCCGUACUAGUAGUUAUGUUCCUUCUCACACUCUCUCUCCCCGUCUGUCGCUGUCUCUCUCGUCCUUCCUCUGUUUCUCCUGCAACAACAGAUCUCUUUUUGUCCUCUCUCUCCCCCUCAGAUCACUAUGGCACAGCAGGAAGCUAGCACUUCCCCUGGUGCUGAGGUUGUAGGCCGUGCCUUUGUGGAGCAAUACUAUCACAUUCUUCACCAAUCUCCCGGUUUAGUCCACCGGUUCUAUCAAGAUUCCAGCUUGUUAACCCGUCCUGAUGUUACCGGUACUGUGACCACUGUCACAACUAUGCAAGCGAUCAAUGAUAAGAUCAUGUCGUUGAACUAUGAAGACUACACGGCGGAGAUAGACACUGCAGAUGCUCAGGAGUCUCAUGAGAGAGGGGUUAUUGUGUUGGUAACCGGACGCUUAACCGGGAAGGAUAAUGUGAGGAAGAAGUUCAGCCAAACAUUCUUCUUGGCUCCACAGGACAAGGGGUACUUUGUCUUAAACGAUGUGUUUCGUUUCCUUGAGGAGAAAGAUGUGAGUACACAAGCCAGGUCUGUCACCAUCAAGGAUGUUCAGGCUCCUGUUGAACCAGAAAGUGUUAUUGUUAGUCAUGAGGCUGAGGUUGAGCCAGAGCCAGUUGCUACUAUUGAGGAGGAAGAUGUUGAGAAUGUGGCGGAGGUGUAUGAUCCUUGUGAGAAAGAUGAAGGAGUUGUUGUUGACGUUGAGCCAAUAGACCCUCCAGCUCAAAUAAUUCACAGUGAGAUUCUAUCAGUGUCUAAUGGAGAUCCUCCUACCUAUGCUUCAAUCCUCAAACUGAUGAAAAGCAGUCCAGCACCACCAUCACUAGUUGCUCGGAACAAACCAAGAGCAGCAGCUCCAGUCAGAACCAACCAGAAGCCAGCUCCUCCACCUGCUGGGCAUGCAGCAGCUCCCAAUGAUUCUUCAGGUCUUGAGAAUGUUCAAAACAGUAGCAAUGUUGAUGUGGAAGAUGAUGGUCACUCGAUUUAUGUCCGGAACUUACCUUUUGACACCACGCCAACACAACUUGAAGAGGUGUUCAAGAGCUUUGGUGAUGUUAAGCACGAGGGGAUUCAAGUCAGAAGCAAUAAGCAGCAAGGUUUCUGUUUUGGUUUUGUGGAGUUCGAAACGUCCAGCGGAAAGCAAAGCGCGCUUGAGGCCUCACCGAUUACAAUUGGUGAUCGUCAAGUUGUUUUGGAGGAGAAGAAAACAAACAGUCGAGGAGGUAACAAUGGAGGUGGUAGAGGAAGGUACUUUGGAGGAAGAGGAAGCUUCAGGAACGAGAGUUUCAAAGGAGGACGUGGUGGUGGUGUAGGAGGAGGAGGAGGAAGAGGAUGGUACGGAAGAGGUGAGUUUUCAGGUAGACCAAACCCGCGGAAUGGAGGAGAAGGUUACCAGAGAGUUCCUCAAAACGGAGGUGGUGGAAGAGGAGGAGGACGUGGCGGGCCUCGCGGUGGUGGUGUUUCAUCUUGAAUUUGCAGCUAAUGUGCACCAGCAUAAGAGAGUAGUUUUAAUUUUUUGUUUUUGCAUUGUUUUGUUCUUCUCUUUUGGCCUUACUACUUGAGUUGAGUUUGAUGUUUCAAGUCGUUUUGGCUGUUUUUUGGUGGGUUUAGUUUCUUGAUAUUCUUUUUUUUUUUUUGUAUUUUCAUCGCUUUAAAUCCUUCUUUGGAGACUUUAUAAACAUUCAAUUAUCAUAAGAAAUCAUUUAAAGAGUU